CGCUUUUGCAACAAGCGUGCGAACAGUACAGAGAUCGCGAUCGGGUCGGGCAAAGAAUUAGAUUUCCGAAAGUAGAACCCACUAACUAACAGGAGCCGUUUGGGUAGAAACAUGAGCCAGCCACAGUUGAGCACCGAUCAGCUUAGCUUUGAGGAGAAGCCGCUGCAUGUGCCGACGCUGGAGGAGCUACAACAUGUUAUACAGGGUGCGCUGGCUGGCAACUUUAAGACUGUGAGCGUGAGUGUGGGCGCUUGUCCGGAUUUGAAAGCGGCGCAGUAUGGACUCGUUGAGUCUGGACUGGGCGGCAAGGCUACACUGCUGGAAGUCGGUGGUCCGCCCUAUUUGUUGCCACUUGUGCAGCGCGACAAGCUGUACAACAUAACAGAGAUGACACGCAAGAUACAGGGCGCUGGCAAGAUCUUUGCCAUAGGCGCCGGCGCUGGUCCCUAUCCCAUACGCAGCUCCAACUGCGAGGGCAUCUACAAUCUGUCAGUGAGCGCGCAGAAUGUGCUGACCAAUGGCAGCUAUACGGCCACAGUGCGUGGUGAACAGGAGGAAUGCGUGCUGGAGCGCAUACCCAGCUCGGAGCCACGUUGUGCGCUGCUGCUCAAUCUGUAUCUAUGCCAAGGACAACCAGGUCCUGUGCUUAGAAUCAACGCCAAGCAACGCAAGGGCGAACUAAAUUUCAUUGAGUGCAUACGCAAGGGUCUGGAGCAGCAUUAUGGCGACAAGGUGGUGGGGCUGGGUGGCAUUUUCGUCAUCAAGCGUGGCGCUGCCCAUCAGCAUGUCAUGCGCGACUUCAGCCAGACGCCCAUACACACCGAUGAAGAGGUCAAUGAGUGGCUAAAGUUCUACGAAAUGCCCGCUCAGCUUAAUGCGCUGGGCACGCUUGUGACCAAAGAGCAUGACCUGGAUUUGCGUCUGCAGCACUUUCACUCAUUCUCGUUCAGCAACUGGGGCGGUCACUAUCACUAUGACACUACACCCGAUAUUGUCGAGUAUGAGGCGUAUCUAAAUGUGGCCGAGCGUGUUGUGCGCGUCGACAAGCCGCUCGACACCCACAAGGUAGGCAGAGAUUAGCUGCAGAUCAGACCGUUACAAAAAACAUAAACGCUAUCUCUAACUUUCUUUUAAAAUGCAUAAUUCACAGAACCUAAAUGUUCAAAUGUUUCCGAUUGAUCUAAUUUUACAUUUCAGAUUUUAUAGUUCAUAAGUGUGCGCUUUGAAUAAAAUACAAAUUAGCAAAUA